GUAUGUUGGACGACAUGAGGAAUGGAUCGUUUGUAUGGCCAAUUCGAUGACAAGUCAGUGAACAAGUUCAUUCAAUGCCAACCAGUGAUGCUGUAUAUACACACAUAAUUUUGAUGAUGUACAAACGAAUAAGCGCCAACAGCUGCGACGAACAACUUGUUGUUUUAUUUUAGAGAGAAAUUUUCUUCAUGAAAUGGAACCGACAGUUCCAACCGAAACCGAGUGAUAUCGGUUGUAUUUGAUUUCAGUAUUCAGUGAGUGAUCAUCAUCAUCAGUCAAUCAAUCCAGUGUACAUAUAGUUUGGUUACAUUAAGAAGUUAUCUAUCGAUCUUAUAGUUCCGAUUGAUCACUUGAAUAAAUUUUUAUUUUGAAUGUGUUUAUGUGAAUCUGUGUUGAUAUUUUGUGUAAAAUAGCCAUGUGACUGAAUGCUAAUUGUGAAUCCAUUGCUCAUUCAUUGACAAUUCAAACCAUCAGCUUUUAGCUAAGUGAAAGAAAUGAAGAGUGUUAUUCUGGUCAACGAUAACUCAAACCGAAAAUGUUUAUCUUCACGCCUCGAUCCAUUAUCAAAUAAUAGUCGAGAAUGGCCAAUUAGCCAUUCUAUCAAUGAGCCAUGUUCUCAUUCGGGAUUAUCAUCUGUUUCGAAUAACCAUCAUCUUAGUCUAGCAAAUAAUGUUGACACUGGUUACACAUAUCACCAUCACCAAGAUUAUCAUCAUACGAUUGCUAAUGAACAAUCGAACGCUCCUGAUCAUGAUCUAGAAGGUUCAAUACUCCGAUUUUUAAAUCCACCAUCCACAUCGGCCAGUUACAAUUUAAUUAAAUCGGAAAACCUGGAUAUUAAUAAUCAUCGAUCAUAUCCGAAUUUAUCAACUGCCGUCAAACAUCAUCAGGCUCCUGGAAGAUUAGAUCUUUCCUUUACUAAAUGUCGAUUUCCUACCGAUUAUCUGCCUUAUACUUCUACUGGGAAUACCAUUAAUGAAUUCAUGAAAAAGCGAUCAAACUCUAUUGAUGUGAUUGGCUCUUUCGUUCAAGAUGAGCAUGGCCGCAUCAUCAAUGAUUCACUUGGCGAAUCAACGUCUAUGGCUAAAACGAAACACCUGGAUUCAUCGUCACAGCCACGAUUAGAGGUGACAUCAUCAAUGACGAGUUCAUCUUCCUCAUCGACAUGCACUUCUACAAUGAUCGAUGCUGACCAUGACCACUAUGGCCAACAAUCCAAUGACCACAGACGGCGAACAUUCAUUUGGACAUAUCCAUUCAUAGGUAACGGACAUUAUCGACCCUCAUGGUCAUGUGGCCAUGCUCAUGAUAGUCAAUCCUCGAAGUCUUAUGGUCUCAUUCGCUCGUGUGGAUGUUGCCUGUUGAUUGUUUUAGUAGCAAUCAUUCUAUUAUCGUUGUCUAUUGUUCUGGGCUUUUCUUUAUACUUGGCCAUCGUAACAAAUUUAUUGACUGAGCAAACAUUUGCUUAUGGCAUGAGUGGAAAUUUUCGCAUCGUCUCAGGCGAUUCUUUCACCAUUCGAUUGUUGAAUCAAACGUCAUCUGAAUUUCGCCGCAAAGCCACACGUUAUGAACGAAUCAUGGAGCAUAUAUUGCGUCAUAGUUUGUUGGCUGAUUCCCUGCUUUAUACGGAAAUCUAUACGUUUCGCCAAGGUAGUUUGCUUGUAUUUUUCCGAUUCUAUGCACAAAAGCUUCCAAUGGAUCAUGCUUUGGCCAUUCAAAAAUCAAAAACGGUCAUUAAUUUCGGUACUAUUGAGAACGUGUUACUCGAUGAUCAAGUCAUUAUGACUAGAGUCAAACAGGUAUUGUCAAAUUCAUUUCGACAGCAAUGGUCAAACGCAACCAUCGACCAUUCAUUACAAUUAGAUGUCGAAUCAAUCAAGCUGUCUACAUUUGAACGCUUGACUGAACCUCAGUAUCGGCAGCGAUUGAAGCGAAAAUUGGAGAAUCUAAUCAAUUAUGAACCCGAAUCGAUCAAUAGAGUGGACAAUGAACAUCAGUUACCAGAACACCUUGAUUCUUAUGUAGAUGACAAAACUACAACUACUGCCAAUCCGAGUUUGGAAGAUUUGACGGUUACAUCGUUUACGAAUAUCGAGAUCUCAACCACAUUAAAACCGAUCCGAGAAAUGAUUACGACCAUUGAAUCUAGCUCAAAUAAGACUGCAUCGAUUUCACAAGUUUCAAUCGAGGACGCAUGGCCAACUACAAACAAACCUUGGAUCGUCAAGACUGAUGAUAAAAUCACCACCAAUGAUAAUGAUGUCAACAAUGUUACGAAAACAAAAGUUACGCAAACAACAAUGUCCAAAUCAGAAAAUCCUGUUGAGCAAAAUGAUACUUCUAGUCAAUGGACAACAAAACCAACGACCACCAUCGCCAGUGAUGAUUCGGUCUUGAUGAACAAUAUGACUACAUUUUUCCAAGACAUAAUUACUUUAGGUCAUGAAACAACGAUAAAUAAACCAGCUGAGUCUAGAGAAGAUUCUGAUGACCAGGUGCUGAAUGUAGUUCAAACUCAAUCUACUUUAGACCAAUGGAAUCUUUCGUCACAAAAUGACACAAUCGAUGGAUUUCUUAUCAGCAGUAAACCUACCAUGGCAGCUAUCGAUUCUCAAGUCAAAAUUAACAAAAACUCGACCGAUAAGAUUCUGAUCGUAUCGAAAGAUUCAUUCGAUCUAUAUUCAUUAGGUAAUACGAAUCAUACUGUUUCGACAUUGCUUGAUUCUGUCAAUAUCACUGAUGAUUACGACAGCGAUGAUGGUAUAGAAAAUGAAUUCAAAUUAAAGCCAUUUUCUGACAUGGAUGAACAAAUUUCUACAGCUACACCUACAAAUUCAAGUGUCAUCAUUUCAAAUAAAACGGACCAUGUAGCAGCCUUGUUUAUCAUUGAGAAUGAAUUCACUCAGCUCGAAUCUACAACACCAAUUCCAACCGAUCUGCCAACUGAUCAUACGACAGACGAUUCCGUGUUUAAGUCACCGAUUCCUGUGUUGGCAUACGGAACACGAAUAUCGAAGAAGCUGAACAACCAUAGUAAACAUAAUAAAUCUAGUCACGCUAGUAAUGCUCUUCAUGGCUCCUUCUAUUACUACAAUUCCAUCGAUAAAGUUCCCAGACCAAUUAUGAGGACAACAACCACAACGACGACAACAGCUGCUCCAAGAAUCACAUGUAAAGUGAACGAAUUCGCUUGUUUGAAUGCAAGUCAUGACCGCCAGUGUGUACGAUUUGAAGCAAUCUGUGAUCGUAUCAUUGACUGUUCAGAUGGUUCAGACGAACUACAAUGUCGUUGUGCUGAUUACCUGCUUCGUGAUGAAACACAUCGACAUAAACUUUGCGAUGGUGUAAUCGAUUGUGCUGAUCUCAGUGACGAGACCGUUACUUGUGGUCCUCGUUGUCGAGAGGGCAUGUUUGUUUGCCAUGGAUUAUCAAAUCAAUGCAUUGAACAGUCCCUAGUAUGUGAUGGUAACAAUGAUUGCCUCAAUGGUGAUGAUGAACAGAAUUGUAUCGCACUAGUCGACGAUCAAGAACAAAUGCAAGAUAAAAACAUUCAUUUUUCCAUGGAUAAUCAUAACCCAAAAGGUGUGCUCCAUAUUCAACAUCAAGGUGUAUGGGCACCUCUUUGUUUCGAUUCUUAUGAUUUGGAUUCCGACAAUUGGAUUGAUCAUCGUUACGAAAAUGAUAGCGUCGAAGGAAAUGCCACCUCCAUAUCGAUAUCGUCAAUGAUUCAAAUUGAUGACAUGGGUCAGGCUGUAUGCAAAGCUAACUACUAUGUCCAACUUGAAAAAAUCGACAUUGUAACCAUUGAGAAAAAUAGUUCGCUUCACAAUCUGACAAGAUUUUUUGCCAUCAACUCUCAAUUGCCCAGUAAUUCCAAGCCAGCAUUAUCACUUUGGAGCAGUCUGUUUGAAAAGGUUGAAUGUCCAGGACACAAAGUGGCUCGAAUCGAAUGCUCGACCAUAGAAUGCGGUAUACGGCCGAUGAGUUCUAAACUUCAACGGCGGAUUAUCGGUGGCCACUCAUCAUCAUUUGGAUCUUGGCCAUGGCAAGUAGCCUUGUAUCGUGAAGGAGAAUUUCAAUGUGGUGCCGUCGUCAUUGAUUCCCAAUGGCUGCUAACAGCCGCCCACUGUUUUUACUCAACACCUGGUGCAUUUUGGACAGCACGAAGUGGCGUCCUUCGACGUGGAAGUCUACAAAAAACAUUGUACGAGGAAAUUCGUCGUAUUGACCGUGUGUUUAUUCAUCCAGAUUAUGUGGAUAGAGGAUUCAUUAACGACAUUGCUCUGCUUCAUCUGGAUCGACCUUUGCAAUACAGUAAAUACAUCCGACCCAUAUGUUUGCCGGAUGCGGAAGACAGUCACAUUGGCCGAUGGAACAAUCAACUCUGCACGACAGUCGGCUGGGGUAAAUUGUAUGAAAACGGGCGUAUAUUCCCGGAUACUUUGCAAGAAGUUACAUUGCCUAUCAUCUCGACUGAGGAAUGCAGAAAACGGACUUUAUUUUUGCCUUUGUACAAGAUAACUGAUAAUAUGUUUUGUGCUGGUUUCAAACAUGGAGGUCGCGAUGCCUGUCUGGGCGAUAGUGGUGGGCCUAUUAUGUGCCAGAAAGCAAAUGGUAAAUGGAUUCUUUUGGGCAUAACCAGCAAUGGCGAUGGUUGUGGUCGUGCUGGUCGUCCUGGUGUUUAUACAAAAGUAUACAAUUACUUGACCUGGAUACAUUCUAUCAUGGCUAAAGGCUAUCGUGUCGGUCAUGGAUACGAAUCCAAUCCUAAGACAACCAUGUUGGUGACAGGAAAACAAGUGGAUAAACCACACUGGCCAGGAAACAAUUUGGCGAUGCAUGAUAAAGCCUGUGAAAGCGGUCAUCGAUGUCCACUGGGAAAAUGUCUAAAACGACAACAGCUUUGUGAUCAUGUCAUCGAUUGCUACGAGGAUUCAUCCGACGAACGAUACUGUUUUCAUUACUGAACUUUUUUACUUUAUUCCUGGUUUACAAAGUUUUAGUUCCUAUCUAUUGGUAUAAGGGCAUAAUUCUUCUCUUUGUUUCUCUUCUCAAUGAUUGUACAUAGUUAGACCUAUUAGGUUAUAUUGUCAAACGCACACAAUUCUAGAUCAUGGGUUCUCAAUCAAUGUAUUUUUUCUCUAAUAAACAAUAGGGCUGCCAAUUCUUUU